UAACCAAAGUGAGGAAGCUGCGCAGUCUUCUGUAGACAGCCAACUGACAGGAAGGAAGGAACAACUACUACGCUGCAACUCGACAAAAGCCUGACACUUUUAUCCUCAAAUCUUUUGAAGCGCUUCAGCAUAUUUUUUCCUUCUGGGCUCUGCAGAAAUAUAUACUACAUUCUGGCAAAUAGGGAAACUAGAGCUUAGCCACCCUGCCUCCUCCUCCUCCUCAUUACAAUAUCCUCUUUUAAACCCAACUACCCCCCUAUUUUUAUGUUAUCUCUUUGGUUUUAAUGUGGCACACACACAAACUGUUUGGAUGACUGCCUCGGCAGAUGGUGCUCAGUGUGUGGACUACAGGCUGAGACGAGGCUGAGAGGGACAGACUCCUCAUCGGUCAUGGGAUGCUGCAGUGUGACCCAGAGGCAUACUGGAGUGGACGAAGUGGGCCCGGAUGAGAUCGAACUCCUGGAACUCUCAGGGGAUAAUUUAGGAGUGUGGAGUCUGGGAGAAACCAGACUUCAGCUGUCGGUGAGAAACAGCAGAGAUGAGCAGCAGCUGCCGCCACCACUACAGCGCAAACCUUCAAUACAACACCUUGGACAGGAGAUGGUGCUGUGGGGCAGGAGCAUCGAGGCGCUCCACCACAGGAUUUACUCCCAGCAGUCAAUCAAGGGCUGGGAAGGCCAACCUGCACACAUGUAUGGAGAAAUCAUAAACUCCUCCCUGCUGUCUCUCUACAACAGCUACACACAGGAAACCACAGAACGCUUCGUGGUGUUGUUCUCUUUUCACUUACUGAUCCUCUCACUUGACCACUCCAGACAAGACUUCGUAUAUGAGGGCAUUCUUCCCCUUUCUGGACUUUCCUUCCAUGCUGUCUCCCUGGACCCUGUUGCAUCCCACUCACCACACAUGUUUGAGAUUAGCAGUGCAGUGGUGGACUCCAAGAUGUUCAUAUGUUCCAGUGCUGCAGAGUUACAGAGAUGGACACAGCUCAUAGAAGACAGAAGAUACAAAUCCAUGAUGCAGCCGAUGAGUCCGUCCCACUGUGCUCUCUCCUACCUGUUACCGUGUGAUGAGCACUGGAAAAGAGAAGAGUUGAAACAAUACCUGCUGCAAGCUCCAAUAAGGCAGUGGGAGGGUUCGCCCAUCCAGCACAUGGGUCAGCCAGGAUACAUUUCUCUUGUUCACAUCAUCAACACACAGAGACAGGGACUCCAAGAACGACUGAUGGCUCUCUUUCCUCAAGAUGUGCUGCUGCUGUCUGUUGACAGCAAGAGGCUGAAUGUAAAAUAUGAGGGCAGAUUGGCCCGUCACAGCAUCAAAGCUGUGGAGCGCUCCGCCCUGCCUGGAAGGCUGGAGUUUGACCUCAUAGGUGAGUUGAUGGAGCCUCUGCAGGUCUCCUGCACCUGCCUGGACGAUUAUCAGAACUGGAUGUUUCAGCUUCAACAGCCAGACAGAAGCAGCCAAGUUACUGUGAGUCGCGCUCCACCUCCGAUCAUGCCAAAGCUGCAAAAGAGCAGGAAGGAGUCCCAGGAGCUGUUCAUAAGAUCCGAUCAGUGUCACAUGAAUGGAUGCAGCUGACCCACUGGAGAGAGGAAUAGCUUAAAAUUCCCUGUAAUUAUAAAUCUAAAACAUGCCGUGCACCACGAUAUGGAGAUUCAGCAGCGAGGAAAAGUUCUCACCCUGGUUUUGUUUUAUUUGGGUGAUUUCAUCAUUUGGAAGGGCAACUAGAUUACUUAUAGCUCUCCUCCAUGUGGGCACAGACAAAAAUUAGGCCAUGACCCAGUUUCAGAGCAGCUGCACAAAUGUUAGAUAUGCACAAUGUAGGGCAGUAAGACAGGCCUGAAGAAACUGUACAUACCUGUAUGUAGCUUUGUAUCAAUAAACAAAUCUCACACAA